CCCAAAACCGCCGUCAAGAAAUUCCGAAACCCUACAUAAACCCUGAAUCAAUUUCUGCCAUCGGUUUCUUAAAAUAGCAAAAUAAAGCCUCCAUCCACCUUUCUUCUUCUUCAAGCUUCAGUGCCUAUAGAAUCGAUGGUUUGAAGGAAAUCACAGAUAUAUCACUUGGAAGCAUCAGGCAACAUCAAUGGCAAAGACAUCCGCUUCAGGAAUUUUUAACUUUUCUCCGUUCUCUUCUUCACCCUCACCCUCACCCUCACCCUCGCCGUCGCCGGCUGUUGGUGGGUCUGUUGAUCCUCAAUCGUCUGCACCGAAAAAUGAGGAACCCACCACCCCGCGGGUUCGUAAUGACAACCCAAGAACGACAUCAUCUGGAUUUGAUCCAGAGGCAUUGGAAAGAGGUGCUAAGGCUCUUAGGGAAAUAGCGGCCUCUUCUCAAGCCAAAAAGGCUUUUGAGUUGAUGAAGAAGCAGGAAGAGACUAGGCAGACAGAAUUAGCUUCAAAGACGGCUGAAUUUAAAGUAAUGCAAGCUCAGGCUGAAACUGAGAGACAAAGAGUAAUAUAUGAUGAACAGAAAAAGCUAGCUCAACAACAAGCUCAAAUAAAAUCACAGAUGGCUCGAUAUGAAGAUGAAUUGGCACGAAAAAGAAUGCAGGCAGAAAAUGAACAUCACAGAACAAGAAACCAAGAACUUGUUAAAAUGCAAGAAGAAUCAUCAAUUAGACAAGAACAAGCUAGAAGAGCAACAGAAGAGCAAAUCCAAGCACAACGUAGACAAACAGAAAGAGAAAAAGCUGAAAUUGAAAGAGAAACAAUUAGGGUUAGGGCUAUGGCUGAAGCAGAAGCAAGAGCCCAUGAGGCUAAAUUAGCAGAAGAUGUGAAUAAACGAAUGCUUGUAGAACGUGCAAAUGCAGAAAGAGAAAAAUGGGUUUCUGCCAUUAACACUACCUUUGAGCACAUUGGAGGGGGAUUGCGUGCAAUAUUAACUGAUCAGAACAAGAUGGUUGUGGCUGUUGGGGGUGUCACAGCUCUUGCUGCAGGGAUCUACACAACAAGAGAAGGUGCUAGGGUGGUGUGGAGCUAUGUGGACAGAAUCUUGGGACAACCAUCUUUGAUCAGGGAAUCUUCCAGAGGAAAAUAUCCAUGGUCAGGAUUUUUUUCCCGUGGGCUGAGCAGCCUGUCACGUGGUGGUGGAGUUGCAUCUCAAAAUGGGAAGAAUGCAUUUGGUGAAGUCAUUCUUAAUCCAUCUCUUCAAAAGAGAAUUCAACAGUUGGCUGGUGCAACUGCAAAUACAAAAUCUCAUCAGGCACCAUUCAGGAAUAUGCUCUUCUAUGGUCCUCCAGGAACAGGGAAAACAAUGGCUGCCCGAGAGCUUGCCCGAAAAUCUGGGCUUGAUUAUGCAUUGAUGACUGGUGGAGAUGUUGCACCUUUAGGUGCACAGGCUGUAACAAAGAUACAUCAGUUGUUUGAUUGGGCAAAGAAAUCUAAUCGGGGUUUGUUGCUUUUUAUUGAUGAAGCAGAUGCAUUUUUAUGCGAGAGGAAUAAAACAUAUAUGAGUGAAGCUCAAAGGAGUGCCCUAAAUGCCCUUCUAUUUCGCACUGGUGAUCAAUCAAAAGACAUAGUCCUUGCUCUUGCAACAAAUCGCCCUGGUGAUCUUGAUUCAGCUGUAGCAGAUCGUAUUGAUGAAGUCCUGGAAUUUCCAUUGCCUGGAGAAGAAGAAAGAUUCAAGCUUUUGAAACUAUACCUAGACAAGUACAUUGCAAAAGCUGGUGCAAGAAAACCAGGAUUCUUUUCAAAAUUCUUUCAGAAAGAACAGCAGAAGAUAGAGAUCAAAGGUUUGACUGAUGAUAUACUGAGGGAAGCUGCUGCAAAAACAGAUGGAUUUUCAGGAAGAGAGGUUGCAAAGCUUAUGGCAAGUGUACAAGCUGCUGUUUAUGGAAGUGAAAACUGUGUGCUUGAUCCACUUCUGUUUCGUGAAGUGGUUGAUUAUAAGGUGGCUGAGCAUCAACAGAGAAGAAAGCUGGCGGGGAAUGAUGGUGGUGAUUAGUUAGUUAUUUGUUGUUGUUUGGGUGGCAUUUUGGGGCAUGCAGGUGAGUUAUCUGCUUUUGUGUCUUUGGUGGUCAACCCAUUCGGUCAAAUUGGGAUGAAAGAAAGAUUCUGGUACAUCUGAUAAAGAGUUAUUGAUAUACAAACAGGAACAAUAUUAUUAAUUGGCUUUGUAUUAAGGCAAAGAAUCGACUUUAUUUUUAACAAGAUGAGAUGAAUGUUUUGUUUGUUUGUAGCCAGAAAUUUGUUGCAAUAAAAUCAGAAUUUUCUUUAGCCA